UCAGGCUAUCUUAAGUUGAAUGGAAUGCAUCCUUCUGGAGGAUCCUGGAUACCUGGUCAGGGCGGGUCCUCACCCAGUCCUACCGAUACAUUUAAUCCUCCAUCUCAAUCGUCAGCUGGAAUAGCUUACUCCGUUAACGAAUCAUUGUCGCCCGAUGCUGUUAGUCGUGGUGGGUUAUUGUUCUUUGAGACCUUUCUCAUCUUUUUACCUUCAUCCAACGCUGAUAUGAAUGUUUCUUCGCGCCCGUACUUUGUAUUUCGUUUGGCUAAAGGUGACCCAGUUUACCGAAUACGCUUUUUAUCGCCCUAUCUCCGCUUUAUACUCAGGUUAUUUAAUCUGUUUAACCUCUACAUUUCUCUAAUCGAGGCUGAUUACUACCCCCGCGACUCCCUAUCUCCUUGGUUUAAUGGGAACCUAAGAGACAUCACCAAUAACACAAUGCGCUACUCAAAUUCUGCACAACCUGGACCUUCUUCCACUACUCAACCACUCCAGGCAUUGGCGAUAGAAGGGGCUUCCAUCAAGGCACCUUCUUCUUCCUCUUCAACAGUUUCAAAUGUCUCUUCAGAAAAGGUCUCGGAUGCCGAACCGCGGCAGUACACUACCCUCACUGCUUCCAACAUUACUACGAAGACAGAAUCUUCCUACUACGGCGCAUCUGUUUCAGCUGCUGCAGCAGCCUCAAUCGUUUCGGUGGGUGUUUGCAUUCUUUCACCUGCUCCUCUUUUUCUGUUCCUUUUUCAAGGCGAAACUGUUGCCUCCUCCACCUCCGCUUCCCCUUCGCCGUCCAUGGCUGAGGCGUGGUCGACGCCGUUGGGCCUCGGUGUGGAACCGCCUCCUCCUCCUCCUCCUCCUCCUCCUCACUCUGCCGUCUCCUAUCCUCCUCCUCAGCAUCACCUUCAACCACUUCAACAGCACUAUAUAAGUUUUGGUGGUGUUCUUCACCAUGGUCAAGAUGUACAUAACUCUCCCAAUCUGACCGACACCACUGGCGCUAACACCACUUCUUCCUCCUCCAACUACCUCCAUCACCAUCAUAAUCAACAGGCCGUGUCCCCGCCUCACCCCCUUGUGGAUCUUCAAAAUGUUUCCCUCGAAUUCCAUCCUCCCAGUAGUAUCGAAGCCUUGGCACCGGGCUAUCCUUACAAUCCUCGAGUUCCCUCAGUCCUUCCGUUUCAGGGCUCUCCUCAGAGUGGACGAAUAUGCAACCCUCUCGCUCCUACUGUUCCACCACAAUGCCAUCCCGCCCACUCCGCCGCUAUAGCAUAUCACCAUCAUGCGCAGCAUUUCUCCGACCCCACAAAUCCUCUCAUUCUUAACCCUCCGAUGGUGGCUUUCGGUGGCUUGGAGGCCCCCACCGCAACUCUGGGGGAGAAGGUUGACUCUCCGCUCACAAGUCGGGCUGUUGUGGGGUCCACGGCAGUAGGCGGGGCUGUGGGUGCCUUUGAGGCAAUGCUACCACGUUCAAACCCAAAUAAUGCUGGUAACACGCGGGGUGGAAGGCGUGGUGGUGGUGGGGGCGGCAGGCGGCGCAAUACCACCCCACUGCCAAGUACACCCUACGGAGCGGAUAUGCCACCUCCUCCACCCUCCAUCGGCACAGACUCCGAAGGAGCGAACUCGCUCGAUGGUCGAGAAGACGAGACGCCAGAGCAAAAGGCAGAACGUGAGAAGUCGCGAAGACAGGCGAAUAACGCGCGUGAACGUCUACGAGUUCGCGAGAUCAAUGAUGCCUUCAAGGAGUUGGGCCAAAUGAUUAACCUGCACACGGGCAAUUCUCAGCCUCUCACGAAGCUGAUGAUUCUGCAGCAGGCCGUCACUGUGAUAAGUGGUCUUGAGCACGAAGUCAGAGGUGGUUUUUUUCUCGAGUUGCAACACGGGAGUAGGAAGAUAUGAGUGCGCGUCCGCGACAUCAACGAUGCCUUCAGUGAACUUGGGCGCAUGUGCAUGAUCCAUCUGAAAAAUGACCGACCUCAGACAAAACUCACCAUUCUUCAACAGGCCGUCACCCUCAUCACCAAGCUUGAGCAACAAGUUCGCGGUACUGUGGUCGUUAAGCUACCUUUUCAUGCUCCACUCGCUCAAUCUAUCCUUUUUACCCUAACAUUUGCGCGUCUGUUUACAUAUCUUCUACCAGAGAGAAACAUGAAUCCCAAGCAGGCAUGUCUCCGGAAACGGGAAGAGGAGAAAGGUGAUGAGGCUGCUGGACUCCAAUGUCCCUCGGUCUCAGUUGUGGGGUCCACUCUGGAUGCGUCGGUGGGACAGAUGAACAUAUCUUCCUCUUCCGGCGUCGGUGCUGGUGAACCUACUACAGCUACUGGAGCAUAUGAUCGCGGUGUCGUCACUAAUAGCGGCGGUACUAUGGACUACACACCAAUGUACUCGCCCUAUCCACCGACCCUUCCUCAGCGUUGGUCGACUCAGCCGGGUUUGGACUACCUCCAACCCUACUUGCCUCUCCUACCUACACAUCCCCCAGCUACGACGGAAGAAGCGGCCGUAACAGCAUCUUCUGUGGUGGUUUCGGCGGCUGAUGUUCAACCUCCACCGCUUAAACAAUCACGAUGUAUAGUGCAGCCAGAUACUUUCAGUCAGGUAACAACAAGGACUUCAGAUUGCAAUACUAAUCAGGACGACGAUCCCAUCGCCACGUUCAAAAAGAACGUAGAAGAGAGGGAUGACGAAGAUGAGGAAGAGGAGGAAGGAGAUGGGGAAGAGGAGAAUGCUUCUUCAGGAGAUGAAAACGCUGAAGUGUCCCCGCUUUAA